AUGGAACAUCUGUUGACGACUUACAUCAGAACAAAGUCUCUUUGUGGCAGGUCCAGAUUUGACGAUGGUACGGUUAUGUUAACCAAAAACGAACUUCUGAAACUGAGGCACCCGCUUGGAUUGCGCAUAGAUGAAAUCAGUGACAAGUUAAUUGAAUUGAAGUGUAAAGGGGAGAUUAAGGGCUACGGCAACAAUUUCAAGGCUACGAAGAAGGACGGGUUUACCAAACCGGAGCUACUGGAGAUCACCGGAGAGAAGAGACCCAGAGGUCGCAAGACAUCCAUUGAAGUUACUCAAAGUGUCAAAGGGCGGUCAAUCAUUGCAUUGUACACCGCCAUUCCUCUCAAACUGAACGUGUCACGGCACCUCCCGUUGCAAACAUGUACGGUAGAAUGGACGACGACAGAUAAGGGUGAUUACGAGUCACAAAAAAUGUCUAUGAAAGAUAUAAUCGCCGGGGUCGACGAAGCUGGACGUGGUCCACUCGCUGGACCGGGUGUGGCAGCAGCCGUAAUCCUCAAUGCCGAUCAUCACAUCGAUGGCUUAACUGAUUCCAAGAAGCUCAGUGAACACCAACGGAUGCGACUUGAAAAGGAAAUCCGUAAACAUGAGUUGACUUAUGCUAUCGCCGAGGCUAGUGUCGAAGAGAUCGACCGCUUCAAUAUCCUGCGUGCUAGCAUGCUUGCAAUGCAACGUGCGGUGUUGGCGUUGGAUGUCCGCCCAUUCAAAGUAAAAGUUGACGGUAAUCAAGCCCCCGAUUUACCAGGGGUUAAUGUUGAGACUAUUGUGAGAGGGGAUCUCUCCGAGGCUUGUAUCAGUGCCGCUUCGAUCCUCGCAAAACAAUACCGUGACCGGAAGAUGGUUGAGUUGGAUCGGGAAUACCAAUUAGCGCGUCACAAAGGGUACCCAACAAAACUACACCGCAGGUUGCUUUAA